CGGAGCUAGUUCCAUGCAACUAUAUAGUUCACUUAUUUUCGCUGCCGUUGCAAUAACUACGAAUUGAGCUUCGCCAUGGGUCGCAACAAGGCCAAUGCUAAGAAGGGAUCAGGAGCGGCAGCUGGAGCAGCUGCAGGCAAGGCGGCUGCCAAGCCGGCUCUAAAUAAGUCCAAAAAGUCAAAGAACGUUUUCAAGGUGGCCAACAACAAGGGCAAGAAGAAGCCCAAGGAAGUCCAGGGCAAGCUGAAGCAGAUUAAGGAGACAGUCAAGGCCAAGCAGGAGAAGGUGGAUGCUACGCUCAAGGUGCUCCACAAGGAUAUGGUCGUUAAGAAGCCCAAGCCGGCAGCCACGCCCAUUAAGAACAAAAAAAAGCCGGCGGCCAAUGCCACCACCGAUACUCUGGGCAAGCUCAAGUUCUGAACAGCGCUCGAUUAAAUAAAUACAAUUUGUUAGUUCUGUUAGUUCAAAGAUUACAUAAAUAUAUGUAUCAAUAUAUA